AGGGGAAACCAACAAGCAAACGCCAACAAAAGCAUCGAGACGAAAUGCCGAUUUGGUGCCACUCUGCGAAUGCGUCGUUAAAAAGUGGAGUGAUUUCGUCCGGUUAUUGCAAUCUGCUGAUCGAGAGAUAAACUGCUCGUUCACUUCUUGUCGCGCCAAGCUCACGAGCACCAACAGCGAUGUUGUCCUCCUCGCCGCCACACGUCGUCGAGGACUGCCCCCGUGUCCUCCAGCUCCUCAGCGACGGCACGGUGGUCCGCUUCGACGAGUACAACACGCUCCCUCCCCCGUCCGUGCCUCCCGCGAUGCCCGUCCGGUGGAAGGACGUGGUCUACGACGCGGCCCACGGCCUCAAGCUCCGCGUGUACAAGCCGCCGGCCGCCUGCGGGAAGCUGCCCGUGCUCGUCUACUUCCAUGGCGGCGGGUACGUCCUCGGCACCUUCGAGCUGCCCAACUUCCACGCGUGCUGCCUCCGCCUCGCCGGCGAGCUCCCGGCCGUCGUCCUCUCCGCUGACUACCGCCUCGCGCCCGAGCACCGACUCCCCGCGGCCCUCGACGACGCGGCGGCCGUCAUGUCCUGGGUGCGAGGCCAGGCUGUGGCGGUCGGUGGGGACGAUGCCGACCCCUGGCUUGCCGAGUCGGCCGACUUCGGCCGUGUUUUCGUCUCCGGCGACUCGGCCGGCGGGAACAUCGUCCACCACGUCGCCGUCCGUCUCGGCUCGGGCCAGCUCCCGCUCGACCCGGCGCGCGUCGCGGGGCACGUCAUGCUCUGCCCGAUGUUCGGCGGGGUGCAGAGGACGGCGUCCGAGGCGGAGUUCCCGCCCGGCCCGUUCCUCACGCUGCCGGGGUACGACCAGACGUGGCGGCUGGCGCUGCCGCAAGGGGCCACGAGGGACCACCCGUUCGCCAACCCGUUCGGGCCGGAGAGCCCCGCGCUGGGCGCCGUCGCGCUCCCGCCGACGCUCGUCGUGGUCGCCGAGCACGACCUGCUGCGCGACCGCACGGUGGACUACGUCGCGAGGCUGGAGGCGAUGGGGAAGCCGGUGGAGCUCGUGGAGUUCGAGGGGCAGCACCACGGGUUCCUCGUCGUCGAGCCGUCCGGGGACGCCGGGAGCGAGGUGGUCCGGGCCGUCAAGCGGUUUGUGUACGGCAACGGCAGUGACAUUUCCAACUGAGCUGGGUGCUCCGUUCUGUCAUCCCCAUGUGACGGAUUGCGACAGGUGCGACGCCGAUAAGUCUCGUAGUAGUGACGUAGUGUAACGAGCUUUUGUUCUUGGCUGGAGUGCCUGUGCACUGAACCUUAUGUGAUCGCUAAAUAAAGGGCGUUUUUUAAUCC